AUGGGAAGGGUAACGAGCAUUGUUGGAUCAUGUUGUUUGGCAUUGUUAUUAGCAAUAAACAUCUUAAGCAGAAAGUGUGAUGCUGAAGAUGAAUUCAAAGUGGAGAAAGAACAGAAAGGGUUGUUCGUGUUAGGGGAUUCACUCUUCGACCCAGGAAACACCCAAUAUAUCAAAAGCAGUCUCACCAAAAUUUUUUCCGCAGGUAACCCGCCGUACGGAGAAUCAUUCUUCAAACAUCCCACAGGAAGAUUCUCAGAUGGCCGUGUUGUCCCUGAUUUCAUAGCUACUUUUGCAGGUUUACCUCUAAUUUCGCCGUAUUUGCAGCCACACCCAACUCCGUUUACGGACGGCGCCAACUUCGCUAUGGCUGGAGCUGCUGUUACCGAUGGUUUAGAUCCAAAUGUUAAUCUUCCAAAACAACUGAGCUAUUUCAAGGCAUUAGCGAAGUCACUGGAACAUGACCUAGGUGAAAUAGAAGCCAAGAGAGUUCUGGAAAAAUCUGUUUACUUGUUCAGUAUUGGAGGCAAUGACUACGUUGGUUUUCAAAACCAAAAUCCCAAUGCUACCAAAUCAAGCGGAAGGGAAUUCAUUGAUCAAGUGGUUUACAACCUCACUGAUGCGUUCAAGGCUAUAUAUAGUCUUGGAGGUAGAAAAAUAGCAUAUCAAAAUGUAGGGCCUUUGGGGUGUGCACCAAGUAUCAGGGCUAGGAGUGGAGGUGAUUGUAAUGAAGAAUUAUUGGAAAUGGCAAGAGAACACAACCAAGCUUUCUCUGAAGUUCUUAAGAAGUUAGAGAUAGAGCUAUCAGGAUUUAAAUACUCAUUCUUUGAUUAUUAUGUUUCGUUUUACGACAUAGUAAUCAACCCAGUGAAAUGUGGAUUUAAGGAGGUUAAGAGAGCAUGUUGUGGUGUUGGUCCCUUCAGAGGCAGUGGUUGUGGAACAAAGAAAUAUGAGUUAUGCGAUAAGCCAUCUGAAUAUGUAUGGUUUGAUGGGGAGCAUCCAGUGGAAAGGGUAAAUCUCCAAAUGGCAAACCUUUUAUGGAGUGGUCCACCAGAGGUGACUGGGCCUUACAAUAUGAAGCAGUUAUUCCAAAUAUAA